AUGACGAAAAAUUUCGUCAGUGAAAGGUUUUUUCAGCGUUUGACGGCUUCGAAGGUUUCAACGUUUGACGGCUGCUUGCGACUGGGUUUUUCACGUUCCGAUUACUGUGCUUUCACUGGUGGAGCAUGCCUUCGAACAUACAGGUUCUUUUUUCGGUCCCUCACCGAUCUUCCUGGGUUUCGGAAGGAUCAUAGUCGUGUUCUGGGUUUGAUUGGUUUGCGUCGUCAGUGUCUACCCCCUCGGCAUCUGGUUCCCUUAUUAAUUGUUUCUUGUGACUGGGAGUGGUUGGAUUGUGUUUUGCGACGAGGAUUGCGGGUUGGGUUUGUUUUUACUCGGGUUCUUGCGAUUGGGAUAGUUGGAGUUUUUCUGGUUUUGAUGGCUUCGACAAGUACAGCCAUGGAUGACAUGGAGUUUCAAUAUGGGCAUAUAGAAUUGGAUGAUGAGGAAGAAUGUGGUUUUGAGAUUGAGGAUGACGUUGAGGAAGCGGUUCUGGUGGAUGAUCGUUGGUGUUUGGUGGGGAGGUUUUUGAAUGCGAGAUCGAUAGAUUUUGAAGCUAUGAAACACACGUUGGCGGGGUUAUGGAAACCGGGCAAAGGCUUGUUCGUCAAGGAAUUGGGGCCGAACCUUUUCUUAUUUCAGUUUUACCAUGAGAUCGACAUUAAGCGUGUUAUUAAUGGCAGCCCUUGGACUUUCAAUAGGCUACCAUUGAUAUUUGGUAGAGUUCCACGAGGUGGAGAUCCGAAGACUAUAAAGCUUAAUCAACUUGAUAUGUGGAUACAGAUUCAUGGCCUUUCUACGGGAUUUAUGACGGAGAAAAUUGUCUCUACAGCUGCAAACUACAUUGGCUCCUUUGUUGAAUCGGAUCCUAAGAACUAUAAUGGUCUUUGGCGGGAUUAUCUUCGAGUCCGAGUGACGGUGAACAUUGAUGUGCCACUGAAAAGAAGAAUGAAGCUUAAGAAAACGGGUGGUGAGUGGUUUUAUGCUAAUUUUAAAUACGAAUUUGCUCCGACGUUUUGCUUUAUCUAUGGCUUGAUGGGUCAUUCGGAAAACUUUUGUCCUAAGUUAUUUGAUACACCUGAGGAUGAGAUUGUUAAACCUUAUGGGAGCUUUAUGCGUGCGCAACCACGAAGGAAAAAUUAUCUAUUGAGCUCUCAGUAUUUACGUACGGGUACGGAGGCUGAUGAGCAGUUUGACCAUGGCUCCCCGUCAAAGGUGGUUGAUGAUAUUCCCGAUUUGGUGGAUGAUGGGAAUAUUCCUCUUACCGAAAAUUUGAAUCAUAAUGGCAACAAGACUAAUGUUUCCAAGUCUAGUGUCAAUGAAAGAGGAAAGUCAGUUGUGUUUGGCAACCAUGUGCCAAGUGGGAAAGGUCAACCUUCACUUUUCCUUAGUGGCAUUAUUGGUCCACAUGGAGGACAAGGAGGCCGUGGGCCUUCUACUGAGUCCAAAAGAAGGCGCCAACAUGAAGGGGUUGGUGGGCCCGACUAUGUUGAUAUGGAAGCGGAGGAUAGUGCUGAUAUGGAUGUUAAUGGACUCUCAAAAAACGAGUUCGAGGAUGUGUUGGAGCGCGUUCGAGCUAAGUUGAAGUUUGAAGGUAUGUUUGCGGUUGAUGCAUGUGGUAGGAGUGGGGGAGUUGCUUUACUAUGGAGGAAUAAGGAAGACGUCAAAGUGUUGAACUAUGCCACGAAUUUUGUGGAUGUGGAGGUGCGGCCUACUGAUGUUGGGGAGUGGCGUCUUACGGGGUUCUAUGGGGAAUCUAAGAGAAGUUUGCGUGGGGCUUCUUGGGAGCAACUCCGGACGUUGGCUCGUGGAAACACUCUUCCUUGGUGUGUAAUUGGCGACAUGAACAAUGUUUUAUCUCAAGAGGACAAAAAAGGGGGACAUCCCUAUCCUAACUGGUUAGUUGACGGCUUCCGGGACACUAUUCAGGAGUGUGGGUUAAUUGAUUUAGACAUUGUGGGACAUCAGUUCACUUGGGAGAAAAGUCGUGGAACCGAUAAUUGGAUAGAGGUCCAUUUAGAUCGUGCUCUGGUGACAGACAGAUGGCUCCAACUGUUCCCACGGGCUAAACUUAUUAAUCUCGAGGUAUCUUCUUCUGAUCAUUGUCCCAUUUUCCUUGACUUGGUUCGGCAUAAUAUAGUUUUCGGGAGUCGCAAAUUUCGCUUUGAAAAUUGCUGGCUUCGGGAACCUCUGUGUUAUCAGGUGGUAAAGGAGUGUUGGGAGGAGUAUAAUUUAGCGGGUAUCCAAGAGAAAAUCCAACGAUGUGGGGAAUCUCUUUCGGUUUGGGGCAAAGAUUAUUCGGGUAAUUUUGCUUCUCGUAUAAAAUAUUGGAAGAAGGAGGUGAGGCGGUGGAAGCAAGGUAGAGACCCUGAUGCUAUUUCUAAAUAUAAGGAGGCUGAGACAGAACUUUUUGAAGUUCUUACUCAGAAGGAGGUGUUUUGGCGUCAACGAUCGAAACAACUGUGGCUCCAGGAGGGGGAUAAAAAUAGUAAAUUCUUCCAUGCAACAGCUUCUUCUCGGCGCCGUAUGAAUGCUAUUGAUAAACUCCAAUGCGACGAUGGAAGUUGGGUUGACUGGGAAUCGGGUCUAUCAUAUGUUAUGUGUUCUUACUUCCAGAAUCUGUUUACUAGCUCCAACCGUACUAUGGAUGAUGUUCUUGAUGGGAUUUCUGCUUCUGUGACUUCAGCUCAGAAUGACUCUCUCUUGCAACCUUUGACUGAUGAGGAGGUGAAAGAUGCUCUAUUUCAAAUGCACCCAGAUAAACCCCCUGGACCCGAUGGCAUGACUCCAGGUUUUUAUCAAAAGUGUUGGACAAUUGUGGGUAAUGACGUCAUCAAGCAGGUCCGCUCUUUUUUCUUAUUUGGACAAUUGCCUACUGGUCUUAAUCAUACUAAUUUAGUGUUGAUUCCUAAGAAGAAAAAUGCCACUACUAUGGGUGACAUGCGCCCGAUUGCUCUUUGUAAUGUCCUCUACAAGGUUUGUUCCAAGGUUCUAGCUAAUCGGUUGAAGCAUGUUCUUCCUGCAGUCAUUUCAGAGAAUCAGAGUGCUUUCAUUCCCGGGCGUCUUAUAACUGAUAAUAUUAUGAUUUCGUUUGAGGUGAUGCAUUAUCUCAAGCGGAAAAGAGUUGGAAAGGAAGGUUAUAUGGCUCUUAAGCUUGAUAUGAGUAAAUCGUAUGACCGUGUUGAGUGGCUUUUUCUUAAGAAUAUCAUGCUAAAAAUGGGCUUUGAUGCGCGGGUGGUUGAUCUUAUUUUGCAUUGUGUCUCAACAGUUUCGUACACUAUUACUCAUGGGGGUCGUGAGAUGGGGCCGAUUGUUCCUGGAAGGGGUAUUAGACAAGGAGAUCCGCUCUCUCCUUAUUUAUUUCUUUUGUAUGCUGAAGGAUUUUCUUCUCUCAUAAAGAGAUUUGAAGCUCGGGGAGCUCUUCAUGGUUGCCGUGUGUGUAAUGGUGCCCCCAUAAUUUCUCAUAUGUUGUUUGCGGAUGACUGCUAUAUCUAUUGUAAGGCUAUUGAAAGGGAGGCUCGUAGUGUUCUUCUUUUGCUUCAACUAUUUGAACGAGCCUCAGGUCCGUGUGUUAAUUACUCUAAAUCUACUAUCUUCUUUAGUCUCAACACAACUUCGGCCUCUAGACAUGAUAUGUGUAAUCUUCUUCGAAUGAAUGAAGCUCCUGAAGACAGUUUGUAUCUUGGCCUUCCUUGUAUCAUGGGGCGUAAUAAGAAUGCUAUUCUUGGCUUCUUGAAGGAUAAGAUGCAGAAGAGAAUUCAGAGUUGGGAAGGUCGCUUGCUCUCCAAAGCCGGAAAAGAGGUAUUGAUUAAAACAGUGGCUCAAUCUCUUCCUACCUAUGCUAUGUCUGUUUUCUUGUUGCCGGUGGAAACUUGUAAUAAGCUAGAGGGUAUGAUGAGCAAAUAUUGGUGGAGUUCGGGAUCCAAUCAGAACCGUGGGGUAAGUUGGGUGAGUUGGAGGAAGCUGUGCCGCCAUAAGCAUCAUGGGGGGCUUGGUUUUCGAGAUUUAAGGGAUUUCAACUUAGCCAUGUUGGGCAAACAAGCUUGGAGGUUAGUUACAAAUGCUCAUUCUCUUGUUAGUCGGGUAUAUAAGGCCCGAUAUUAUCCUCAGGGUUCUUUUUUGAGUGCUUCUCUUGGGCCGAAUCCUAGUUUCAUUUGGAAGAGUAUUUUUGAAACGCAAGCUUUGAUUAAGGAGGGAGCUCGUCGGGGGGUUGGUCCAGGUACGAAUAUUAGUGUUCAAUUUGACCCGUGGCUUGCGGAUGAUUCUCAACCAUGGGUUACUUCUAGAGCUAAUGGUAUGGAGACGUGGACGGUUGAUAAUCUCAUGGUGGUAGGAGAACGGGCGUGGGAUUUAGAGGUGGUUUCGGAUAUAUUCAAUGACCGAGAUAAAGAGAUUAUCAUUCGAACCAACAUUGAUCAGGAGACUCCUAUUGACACUUGGUAUUGGCACAAGGAUCUUUAUGGGUUCUAUACUGUGAGGGAGGCAUAUCGGUUGCUGCACCAUUCAGAGAUCACUAAUACUAGUGAGUUUGAGAUUAAGAUAUGGAAAAUUGCAUGGAAGCUUCAUGUCCCUCCCAAAGUGCACCAACUCAUGUGGCGUGCUUUAUCUGGUUGUUUGGCUACUAAGGUUCAACUUACUACCAAACAUAUUCCUCUUGACCAAGUUUGUCCUAUGUGCAACCAGGUGCCUGAGACCAUUUACCAUUUGUUGGUGCAAUGUUCUUUUGCACGAUCUUGUUGGCAUCUUUUGGUUCUAAAUUUGAGUCAUACGCCUAUGGAGUCUUUUUGGGAUUGGUUUAGCCACAUUCUGCUACAACACUCAUCCACGGCCCAGGAAGAAUUGCUCAUGGUUCUUUGGGCGAUUUGGUAUGCCCGAAAUGAGGUGGUUUGGCGGAACAAAUCAAUGUCAGCGGCAGAGGUUAUUCUAUUGGCAAGAGUAGUCCUUAAUCAAUGGAGAAAUGCUCAACAAAGGAGAAUGGGGUCUUUACUUGUUCCUACGGGUUCAAGAGUGGACUUAGAGCAUUGGGUGAAACCAGUUAUGAGAAAGAUUAAGGUUAAUGUCGAUGGUGCAAUCUUUGCAAGUGAUGGUCGAUUUGGAGCGGCAGGGGUGGCCCGGGAUUCUCAGGGUCGAUUCAUUGAAGCCUUCACAGUUUUACGGGUGGGGUGUGUGGAUUCGGCUAUGGCUGAAUUGGUAGGGGUUAAGGAGGCCUUGAGUUGGAUAAAGAGGAAACAUUGGGGACCGGUUGAGAUUGAAACCGAUUCUUUGGUCGUUGUCCAGGCAAUCCAAAGUACGGUGGAGAUACCUUCUCCUUUUGGCAUUCAGGUGGCGGUUUGUCGUUCUCUUUUGGCCAAUUUGCCGUUAGUCUCAAUUAAUUUUGUUAAACGUUCUGUAAACAAAGCUGCACAUUGUCUUGCUCGUAGCUCUUGUUUGUAUCCAGAUCGUAUUUUUAGUGAGGAUGAUGUUCCUGCUGAUUUUCUUUCUAUUUUGUUUGUUGCCCAUGUGGUGUCAAUAUCAUCUGAGAUGUCUACUACCCUUGCUGUGUCAGCAUCAUCUGAGAUAUCGGCGGCCCUUGUUGUGUCGGCAUCAUCUACGAUGUCUGCUGCCUUUGUUGUAUUGGCAUCGUCUGCGAUGUCUGCUGAUAUUGCUGCUCUUGUGGUGUUGACAUUAUCUGAACAUUUUGCGGCAUCUGUGUCAUUUGUUGUGAUGACAUCAUUUAUGGCAUCUGAGACUGUGACACUUGAGACUUCUGAGGCGAUUGCAUCAUCAUAUUCAUCAUUACUUGCGAAUUGUUAG